AUGCUCACCUCCGGGUUGACCAACGCCCCGCUCACCAAGUCUCUCCUGGUCUACACUAUCGCCUCUUCCAUCGCCCUUUCCAUCCUAGAUGUGAAACACCUUGCGGUCAUCCAUGUGUCGCCACACUUCUGGCCGUAUGCCCAAUUCUGGCGCGCGCUGGUCUGGCAAGUUGCCGGCUUCGCGAAUUCCACUGAAGCGUUAUUUGCUGCGAUGCUAGUGUAUCACCUCCGCGUCGUGGAACGGGCGUGGGGGAGACGCAAGAUGGCUACUUUCCUCCUCACCACCCUCCCAUUCACCACUCUGCUCCCGCCGCUCCUUCUAGCUCUCGUCGCCCGCCCACUCUCCCUCAACACCUUCAACUACCUGCCCUCUGGUCCAACGGCAACCAUCUUCGCUCUCCUAGCACAGUACCAUGCUGCUAUCCCGCAUACUUACCGGUAUCGCAUCGGAACAACCUCUUCUCCCGCACCCUCCGGUUCAACCGGCGCGGAUACCGGCGAGGACAAUGCCCCAAACCCCCCAUCAGCCAAACCCCCGACCCCAAGCUUAACGCUCCUGCUCUCCGAUAAGUCCACCACCUAUAUCGUGGCCGCACAGCUCGCUCUCUCCCAAUUCCCCGCCAUGCUGUUCCCAUCCGCGAUCGGUUGGAUAGUCGGCGUGGCCUGGCGCGCGGAGCUCCUGCCGGGCCUUUCCCCGUCGUCGGCGGGUUUCCGCGUCCCUGCGUGGGUAGUGGGCGAGCGUGAGCGGAGGGGCGGGGCAGGCAACGGUAGCUCAGGCAACGCGGCAGAACGCGAGCGAUAUGAGGAUUUGAGACGGCGGUUAGAAGGUGAGGCUGCAGCAUCUACCUCCGGAGCGGAGGACCCUGCAGGCCGACGCAGAAACGCAGCUGGUGAUGGGAAUGGCGAGGGGAGCGCCGGACUCAUGGACCGUCUACGGGGUGCUUGGUAA